UUUAAAAAGUGAAUUAAUUUUGUUGGUUAAAGCUUAAUUUACACUUUUGCCAUUCUUCAAUUUCUAAUUGGUUUUUGCCUUCGAAACGUCCUUUUUCGUUUUAAAAUCAAAGAGUGUUUGAAAUCGAAUCGCCAAGAAACUUCAAUGGAUGCUGACGACGAUUUCUACAGCGGCACCGAAUACGCCGACAACGACUCCGAUUACGCCGAUAGCGUCGACGCCGACUACGAGUUCGUCGAAGACGACCUUGAUGAUUCCGAUGACCUCGUCUUCCGCCGCCGCCAGCAAAAUUAUACUGUGCUAAGCGAGGCAGAUAUAUGUAAGCUUCAAGAAGAUGAUAUCUCCAGGAUUUCUUCUGUAUUGUCGAUUUCAAGAAUUUCAUCUGCUAUCCUGCUUCGUCACUACAAUUGGUGUGUUAGCAGAGUUCAUGAUGAAUGGUUUGCUGAUGAGGCAAAGGUCCGAGAAGCUGUUGGCUUAUUGGAGAAACCUGUUGUUGAUUUUCCAACUGAUGGAGAACUUACUUGUGGAAUUUGUUUCGAAGAUUUCCUUUCUGACAAAUUGCAUGCUGCUGCUUGUGGUCAUCCGUUUUGCGAGUCAUGCUGGGAAGGUUAUAUCACCACCGCGAUUAAUGAUGGUCCAGGGUGUCUUGUGUUACAAUGUCCAGAUCCUUCUUGUAAUGCUGCUAUUGGUCAGGAUAUGAUCAAUUUGCUAGCUCCUGCGAAAGAUAGGCAGAAGUACACAAGUUAUUUUGUCAGAUCAUAUGUUGAAGACAACAGAAAGACCAAGUGGUGUCCCGCUCCAGGCUGUGAGUACGCAGUAAACUUUGUUGUUGGGAGUGGUAAUUAUGAUGUGAAUUGUCGCUGUUGUUACAGUUUCUGCUGGAAUUGUGCUGAAGAAGCUCACCGUCCUGUAGACUGUGACACCGUUUCUAAGUGGGUAUUGAAGAAUAGCGCUGAGUCUGAGAAUAUGAAUUGGAUUUUGGCAAAUUCUAAGCCCUGUCCAAGAUGUAAACGGCCAAUAGAGAAAAACCAGGGUUGUAUGCAUAUUACAUGCACCCCGCCAUGUAAAUUUGAGUUCUGCUGGCUGUGCCUUGGAUCAUGGUCAGAGCAUGGUGAGAAGACUGGUGGCUUUUAUGCUUGUAACCGCUAUGAAGCAGCGAAGCAAGAUGGCAUUUAUGAUGAGACUGAAAAACGCCGAGAGAUGGCAAAGAACUCUCUUGAGAGAUAUACCCACUACUAUGAAAGAUGGGCAACCAAUCAAUCGUCUAGGCAAAAGGCGCUGGCGGAUCUUAAGAAGAUGCAAACAGAUGAUAUUGAGAAGCUCAGUGACAUACAGUGUCAGCCUGAAUCUCAACUGAAGUUCAUUAUUGAAGCGUGGUUACAGAUAGUCGAAUGCAGACGAGUUCUCAAAUGGACAUAUGCCUAUGGUUUUUACAUACCUGACCAUGAGCAUGGCAAGAGACAGUUUUUUGAGUACUUACAAGGUGAAGCUGAGUCAGGCCUUGAACGUCUUCAUCAAUGUGCUGAAAAAGAACUAAAAUUGUACUUUGAGGCCAAAGGUCCAUCAGAAGAUUUUAACGAGUUCCGCACAAAACUCGCAGGUUUAACCAGUGUCACCAAAAAUUAUUUCGAGAACCUAGUUCGAGCGCUGGAGAAUGGGCUACCGGAUGUGAGCUCGCAUGGCGCAUAUGACCGAACCUCGAGUUCAAAGGGCUUAGGUGGGAAAAACAAAGGAUCAACUUCCCGAGCGAGCAGCCACUGGUCUUGUGAACGUUGCACUUAUGUAAAUUCGAAGUCGAUCACCAUUUGCCAAAUCUGUGAAACUGGCCGGUGAAAAAAUGCCAGUACGAAAUCUAACUUACUGGGGUCUAAAAGACUGUAAUCUUAAUAUUUGGUCGCUUUUUGGUCUUAUAUAUGGUCAAGUGAAAGUGUCUAUUGUAACUUUUUGUAUGUUUCUCGGAUUGUAAUAAACGGAUUCCAUAAAGUGGAGCGGGAAAUAAGAAGGCUGAAUAAGUUAUUUUGUAAGAUAAAUUAUACAUUUGGCUAAAAGCAAGUUUAUGCAGAUUAGUAGCUUUUUUUUGUUUUCUGUUAUUAUUAAUUACAUUUCUAACAAGUGUAUAAACAACAACAAUCAUUUAUUCCAAAAUAUGAAAAUCAUAUAAAUAUAUAAUUAGAGAAGUUUUUCUCUAUCUAAAAUGUCCACAUCAGUAUUUUAUUUUUAUUUUUUGGGCUUUUAAGUAUUUUGGGUUUUCAUAUAAUAACUAAUGUAAAUUUAUUUUUAUGCACAUUUUUGGGCUUCUUUAUGGACUUCUACAUAUUGUAAUUUUUUUUUACUAGUUUCUAUAUAUUUUAGGUUUGUAUUUUUUUGGCCUUUAUACAAAAUAAAUUUAAAAGUGAAAAAAACAAAUACUUAUUUUACAAAUCAUAAAAAAUAAAAAAGUAAAAAUAUUAUUUAGAAUAAAAGACAAAAAAUUGUAAAAAAAAAGUUGGAAGAC